AUGAGUUCCUAUUUUGUUAACUCAACUUUUCCCGUGUCUCUACCGGGAGGACAGGACUCUCUCCUGGGUCAGAUACCGUUAUAUUCCUCGGGAUACACCGAUCCGUUAAGACACUACUCCAACGCAGCCACAUAUGGAGCCGCCAACAUGCAGGAGAAGGUUUACCCGGCGUCCUACUACCAGCAGACGGGCGCAGCGGCCAUCUACGGCCGGGCCGGCGGCGGAGCGCCCUGCGACUACAACCCGGUCGGGACUUUCUACAAGGACGCGGAGGGCUCGUGCGCCUUCUCGAGCCGCGAGGACCAGCCGCUGUUUGUCACUCAGGAGCACCAGCAGCGCAAAGCGGAGUGCCCGGAGCAGACCGUCAGUAUGAGCGGCAGCAUCGACGACAAGUCGUCCACUCUGAUCUACCCGUGGAUGCAGAGGAUGAACGCCUGCUCCGCCGGUCCAUUUGGCAACAGUGGCCGCAGGGGCCGACAGACCUACACCCGCUACCAGACUCUGGAGCUGGAGAAGGAGUUCCACUUUAACCGCUACCUGACCAGGAGGCGCCGGAUAGAGAUCUCCCACGCCCUGUGUCUGACGGAGAGACAGAUCAAAAUCUGGUUUCAGAACCGCAGGAUGAAGUGGAAAAAGGAGAACAAACUCCUCAAUCCCUCAAAGACACCCGAGGAGGAGGAAGAGGCGGAGAAAAAGAGCUAA